ACAUUGACAUCCUCUGAGACAUUGAGAUUUAUUCAUUAAACCAGUAAAUGUAAAGAAUUGACAAGGGGAUUGCACAUUUUGGUCAAAAUAACUGAAAUUAAAAAUUUGUCUCAUUUAUAUUUCACAUAAGAAAAAUCCAUAUUUAUUAUUUUGAUGAUUUGUGUGUUUACUGAGCAUAUGAUUCUCCAGACAUGGCUUGUCAAGUAUUUACUGUUUUGUACACUCAUCAAAAGACUAAGAAGUCCAAAGUUUGGCAAGAUGGAAUUUUGAAGAUUCCACCAGGAGGAUGCAGUGCUACACUUUACACAGACAAAGGACAGCGUCUAGAAAAUGUGUUUCUUAAAGAUUGCCAGUUAAAUUCUGGGGAUGACUUGGAGAGUGAUCGUUAUUUAAUUACGGUUGAAGCAGAAGACGUUGGUGGCGUUGUGCCUCAAAAUAUCUCCGAAGUCAAGCAAGCUCCCCCUAUAAACAGAAAUGCACCGAAACCUGUUGGACUUCGUCCACCCGUGGGCUUGAAAAGAAAAUUUUCUGGCUUCCAGGGACCACGGGGAGUUCAAAAGAAGGCAUCUCUGGAAAUGGAACAUUCAUUAAAGCCUUCAACCCAAACUCUAGUAGAAGAGUGCUCCAAUUUGCCUUCUCAGUUGUAUACUACAUCUCCUCUCUUUGCCUCUCACUACAGGAAAACAGGAGAAACCAACAUAGGAACACCUUGUGAUGUUUUGAAUACAAUGACUUUAACUAGUGGUAAACAAAAUCCAGCAGGUAAUUUUUUGCUGACCAACAGCUACUCAAGCUUUCAAAACAAAGUUAGAGAUAAAGUUGCUGACACAAACAAAGGAGAAACUAUUACACAAAAUAUAAGAAGUACAGCACAGAUAUUAUCGCUGUUAAGGUGCCAGCCUGAGGAAAACGGCGUAGAGAGAUCUGUUAAACCUAAUGCGCAACAAUCUGCUAAAUGCAACACUGAGGUUCUUAAUUAUGAAAUAUCAUCAAUGAAACCUAUACCUGUAAUAAGUAAAUGGGAUAUCUACCUAGACAAAUCGCAGUCCUCCAACACUGUAGAGAGUACUCAAAAGAGUGUUCAUUUACCUGACCUACCAGAUAGCCCAGACAACAGCUUUUCCUUAAGUCUGAAUUACAUUGUUGAUUCAAACAAUGGACAGACCCCAUUACAAACCGGCACAAAUGGUGGUCCGUACAGCUUACUAAAAACAGACAGACCAGUAGAAAAAAGUGUAUUAAAUAAUAUCCAGCUAUCUGCACAUCUGCAAACAGAAAAACGUCCUGUGCCAACCAUAGACUUACAGCAAGGUUUCAAAUAUUCUCAAGCUAAAACAUUCAUGAGUGAAUAUGAAAGCUCUGCAGAUGGAAUGGCAAACACCAUGACAUAUUCUAAUGUUCCAAAUACAGAAAUAACCUCUCAUGACGAACCUUCUCACUGUAGAAUGUUUGUUCAAGAUUGCUCUAGCAGUGAAGGGACUACAACAGAUAGAGCUGAGACCUCUUGUUCUCCAGCUAAGGCUGAACAUCAAAAAUUGAAUUUACAGCAAAAAAUGGAAUAUGAGGAGUUCUCAGAGGUCUCAUUUAACCUAAUGGACAGCUUUGAUUUUGAAAGCUCUGAUGAAGAUUCAAAGGAGAAAAAACUUUCCACUCAAAGUUCUUCUCACUUUCCAGAGGGACGUAUGGAUAUUCACAAAGGUGAACCAGAAAGACUUCUCCCUGGUGAUGCUUCUGAAAAGGUGGAUGGUGAGAAAAACGUAUGUGCAAGGUUGCAUUUAACUAUCCAAGAUGGAGAAACUGCAGACAACAAAGAUAAAAAGUGUCCAAUAUCUGAAGAUGUUUGUGGUGAGGGGAAUGUUAACAAGACCUGUGAGCAAGACAUGUUAUCACUCAUGGCUGUGGAUAUGAAUUUGUCUUUUAUGUCUGAUAUCAAUAUAAUCACUGAGAGCCCCAACAAAGAGUCAGAUAGCAGCACUAAAGGGACCUUUGAAUCUAUCAGACACUGCCUCCUUACAUCUUCUAAUGGUUGUGAGUCUGACCUUAAGGAAGACAUGCAUGGUGGGACACAGAUGACUAUGGUUUCCAGUAAUUUGAAACCAACAACAGAAAUCAUAGAUACCGUGUCAAAAGACAGCACUUUACUUCCAUACAAAGAACAGGUUGAAAACCAAAUGGGAAUAUGUGAGAAUGUCUCUGGGUCAGCAAAAUCUUUACAGCAAGAAUCACCACUUAACAGCAAUGAUUAUGUAUUACAGGAUGUUCUAGAGACCCCUCAAUCUCCCACUCUAGCAAAUAAUAAUCCACAUAUUGAAGGGGACGUUUGCGAAGAAGCAAACACUGACUUGCCUGAGCUCCCACAAUCUGAAGACAGUCUCUCUCUUCUGAGAACUCUCACAAAACACAGCACUGCACUAGAAAGUCUGAGCAUUUUGCAUGGGAAAUGCCUGUCUCAGACAAAAGAGAUUGCAAGAAAGACAUGUACACAGAUCAGAGAAGAGGAAGCUCCCCAGUUUUCAACGUAUGACAAACGGUUCCAAGAUAAAAUGAAAGAAGUGUAUGAUAAAACAGUUUCUCGAACACCAGACGCGAAUGUGGUAUCUUUGGAUUAUUUAGACCCAUAUCAAGAGCCACCUUCCUUCAGUGCAGAGCUCAAUUGUUCGCCCGUACUUCAUCCUCAGACAUCACACUCUGCUGGCACAUCUCCUCCACAAAUGCCUUCUGAAAUUAAUCCAGAAGAUGACAUUUGCUUUAUGCCCAAUGAGCAGUUUCAAACCACAUCAGACCAAGUUUGCUCUGGUAUUGCAUCAUCAUCUGCAGACAAUUGCAUGCCACAAUCGAUUGGGAGCACUCAGGAAUCCGUCUGUGACUGGGAACUAUCUCAAUGGCCUUCCACAAAUGCAAACAAGGUGACACUACCAACACAGCGAGAGUCACCAAGGCUGAACUGUCCAUUUUUUCUUAGACCAAGAAAUCAACAUACUUUGGAAAGUGACCUUUCACGAAUAAAUGUUGAAGACCUUCAAUUUACUGAAGUGAAUAAAACCUCCAGACUCCAAUCUAGACUUCAAAAUCAAAUGCCAGUAGUCUCUGAGCCAAAGGUAGUUCCAUGUUCCAGCUUCAAACAAUUAGAUGGUGCAUACAAGACACCGGAAUUCCACCAACAAAACGGCAUCUUGCCAGAGAUUUCUAGCAGAUUUUCAUAUGCAUGUCCUAAUAAACUGCAGGCAGGCAACAUCGAAAAAGAAAUUUUUGAAGAGUAUAAUGAAAAGGUCAAUAACUGUUUUGAACCUACUGCUGAAAGACCUAGCAAGUGGACAAAGUAUGAGAGUGUCUCUCAUGGAAGUGUUGCAAAGAGUACAAGGGUAAAAAACAAAAAUGAGGACUUCUGUCCUCAAAGUGUUUUUGGAAAGGAGCCACAAGGGAUGGAAAUCCAGCAGGACAGUGGUAUGAAUCCAACAUGUGUUGCUCACCCCACUCUACGUGGCAAUCAUAGAAAUAAUGAUACUGGUUCGCGAUUUGAGAUACUUAACAAACGCCUUACUACAACUAAACGUAUUCCAUAUCAGUUGGUGGACAAGGUACUACAAACUGGCAUAGCAGAAAAUGGACAGAUGUCUCUCUCUUGUGAUCUGUGCUUUCCUAAAAGGGAAACUGUGCUCUCUGUAAGCGUGCCUAAAAGAAAAUUAAGACUUCCAGUCGCAUUCCAGUCUGCGGCUCAAUAUAAACAAGUCUUCACUGUUUCCCUUACAGAGCAUUUAAAUAUAAUGAUGUUUGAGUUGUCCCAGCGACUGCACAAGGCUCUCUCCAAAGCAGAUAUAUCUUUCUACAGUUCACCAAGUGGGGAGGAGUACCAUGAUAACACUUCUAAUAAUACUCCCCAUUGUCUGCACCAACAGCCAGCAAAGCUUUUAAUGGUUAAAAAAGAAGGCCCCAAUAAGGGACGUUUCUUUUAUACUUGCGAUGCUCCCAAAGCAGACCAAUGUAAGUUCUUCAAAUGGAUGGAGGAAGUAAAAUGUACAAAUCAAGCACUGGGACCAUCCGAUCACAAGACUGUAAUGAGAGAUAUGAAGAGUUUGUCUAGUUAUAUCAGAUGUCAGAAUAUUGCCCUGUAUGAAGAAAGUCAGAUUAUAUUUAGGAAAAUAUCUGGAUUUCAUCGAAGACAGCUUGGCAAGUUUAAAAAAAUUGUUAAUGCUGAUUCAACAUUUGGACAUGAAUCAAAAACCAAAAUGUACCUUACAUUAAGCAGGAAAGGUAGCUCUUCAACAUACAACAAAGAUGACCUCUGGGUUAUUUCCAAGACCCUUCAUUUUGAACCCCUGGACACUUUUAUUGCUUGCAGUGUUUUCUUUGGACCGUCAGCUAAUAAUGACAUAGAGAUCUUUCCUCUUAAAGGAUAUUACCCUUCAAACUGGCCAUCAAAUAGCGUUGUCCAUGCAUUGCUUGUUUGCAAUGCAAGUGCAGAGCUGACAUCGCUCAGAAACAUACAGGAGCACUUUAACCCAUCCACGUUACCACUAAUGCCUCACCUCCUGGAAAUGAACAGUAAGCCAGCAAAUUUAGGAAAAGUAACCAGAGGGAGGUUUAAUCCACCGAACCUUAUUGCGAAAGUCUCCCACAAACCCAGGCUUCCUGAUUCCGACUUCGUACUGGAUUUAUCAGUGAGCAUGAUUACACAGUUUAGCUUAAAUGAAGACCAAGCAGCCGCUUUAAUGAAAAUAGCACAGAUGAUGACUGCUGCUGAUGCACAUCUGGAGCCACAGCCCCAGCCGAUCACAAUUAUACACGGAGUUUUUGGAGCUGGAAAAAGUUAUUUGCUGGCCGUGGUGGUCUUGUUCUUAGUUCAGAUAUUCGAAAAUACUGAUCAAGAUGUAGGAUCUGGGUUGUCUCCUUGGAAAAUUCUAAUUUCUUCAUCCACGAAUGUUGCAGUUGACCGGGUUCUAUUGGGCUUACUUGAUCUAAAAUUUGACCAGUUUAUUCGAGUUGGAAGUGUUCGUAAGAUUGCAAAGCCAGUUUUACCUUACAGCUUACAUGCUGGCUCUGAUAAUAAAAGUGAACAGUUAAAGGAGCUUCAAGCUCUUCUAAAAGAUGAUUUAACUGCCAUAGAAAAGGCAUAUGUCAGAAAAAGCAUUGAACAACAUAAACUAGGCACCAACAAAACACUGCUUGGACAGGUCCGUGUAGUGGGUGUGACAUGUGCUGCGUGCCCAUUCAAUUGUUUGAGCAAUUUGAAAUUUCCGAUUGUCAUACUUGAUGAGUGUAGCCAGAUGACAGAGCCAGCCUCCAUGCUUCCAAUCGCCAGAUUUCAGUGUGAAAAGCUGAUCCUUGUUGGGGACCCGAAGCAACUCUCACCAACUAUCCAGGGCUCUGAGGCAGCGCAUGACUGUGGGUUGGAACAAACGAUAUUUGAUCGACUAUGCAUGAUGGGUCAUAAGGCUAUUCUGUUAAAGACUCAAUAUCGAUGUCACCCCGCUAUUAGUUCUGUAGCAAAUGAACUGUUUUAUGAAGGUCGUCUCCUCAAUGGGCUGUCAGAAGAAGACCGAAAACCUCUUCUAGACUGGUUACCCACAUUGUGUUUUUACAAUGCUAAUGGAAACGAGAUGGUGGAGGGAAGCAACAGUUUUCAUAAUGUAGAAGAAGCCCAUUUUACAGUGAAGCUUAUCCAGUCUCUGCUUGCUUGUGGGAUUCAGGGCACUAUGAUUGGUGUUAUCACACUCUACAAAGCACAAAUGUACAAGAUAUGCACUUUACUCAGUACUGCUGCCCUAUGCGAUCCCAUUGAGGUUAAAGCAGUUCAGGUAUCAACCGUAGAUGCUUUCCAAGGAGCGGAGAAAGAAGUAAUCAUCUUGUCCUGUGUUCGGUCAAAACAAGUUGGGUUCAUAGAUUCAGAAAAAAGAAUGAAUGUUGCACUCACUAGAGGGAAGAGGCAUUUGUUGAUUGUGGGCAACCUUGCCUGCUUGAGGAAGAAUACUUUGUGGGAGCAUGUGAUUCACCAUUGUGAAAGGCAAAAGGAUGGUUUGACACAUGUAAGCCAGUGGGAGGAAAAGCUAAAUGGCAUACUUACCUGUUACCAAGACAAGAAACUAGAGGAGGACACACAUGUCCUAAAGAAGAAAUCCAAACCAAAAGAUGGGACGGCUACUCUUAAAAAGACAUAAAGAUGAAGCAUCCAUCUCUAAUGGGUUGGAAGACCAAAAAAGUUUACACAUUUUUUGUCUAUGCACUGAGACUUCUCAAGAGAGAACUGCACAACAUUUUUAAGGGAGUUGACAUAUUUGCUUUGUUGAUCUUAUGGUUACAAUAUUAUACUACUGUUUUAGAGUGCUAAGUGAAUCUGUGUACGGUAAACCUCUUUCAAUGCUAGUGGACAAUCAUUUUGAGACCUUAAGGUAAUUCCGAUUUUUGUAUCACUCAACAUAUGAUAGUUAAUGUAACUUGACAGAUUGUUAUUGCAGUCUAAUAAGAUUGCCUUGGGUGAUGCUCACAAAUGAUGUCUUCCAUAAAUUAUUUUAUAAUAGUAAUGUACAAAAACAUAUUUUGAGCAAUGUUGUGUGAAAGCUGUAAUUAAAUAGAAAAAAAAUCGAAUUAAAUAAAUUCACGAAUAUCUCCACUAGAUGGCACUAGUGUUUUUCUUUAAUUCACUAGCCAUUGUUUUCAGAGUCGUGUAAAUACAUUGAUAAUAUUGGCAACUUAUAUUAAAAUUGUUCAAGUUAUUGAUUUCAAUAAAAGUUC